AUGAGACCGUCGAUUCUGCUGGCUACUCUGCGAUUCCUGGGACCUUUUGUCAGUGCCCAUACCGAAUCUGCAGACAGCUGGAUCACUACCAUCUGGGACCAUUUCAAGCAGGCUGUAGACUGCACCGGCUGCCAGGCCCUCUUACGAGGUCUCAAACUGGUCGCAGAUUUUGGCGAAACUUUCAUGGAGGAUGUGUUGAUCGGAGUGUGCAAUACUGCCGGGGUCGAAGAUGCCGAUGUCUGUUCGGGAAUCAUUCAAAACGAAGGAUCCGCAGUGCACUACACUCUUCUGAAUCUACAUAUCGGCUCUCACACAGCCAUAACCCUCUGUGCCGGUCUGAUCGGACUUUGUCAAUAUCCCGCCGUUCGCCCAUACAACUUGUCUUUUCCUGUCCCCAAGCAAGCGAAGUCUCGACCUGAGCCUAGUGGACAAUCUUCGAUCAAGGUUGUCCAUUUCAGCGACACACAUGUGGAUCUGUCUUAUGAAAUUGGCUCCAAUUACGACUGUUCCAAGCCUAUCUGCUGCAGGGCAUACAUCAAAGAGGAUGCGCCUGGCAACACAUCCAACCCCUGCGGACCAUGGGGCAAUCUGAUGUGUGACCCGCCGCAUCGACUCCAGGAAAGCAUGAUGGCAGCCAUUGCAGAAUUGAAUCCUGCUUUCUCGAUCUACACGGGUGACGUGCCGGCGCACGAUAUCUGGUCCGUAACCAAGGCAGAGGCGCUUCGUGAUUUCAACGCCACAUACGGAUCGAUGAAGAGAGGUCUCGGGAUAGUGUUUCCUGCCCUGGGCAACCAUGAUGCAGCACCGUUGAACCUCUUCCCGCCUAACAAAAUCCCAAGCGAGUACAAUCCUCAAUGGGCCUAUGAUGCGCUCGCCGCGGACUGGCUCGGUCUAACUGGGAUGGCCUCUGUCCACUCCGCAAUUCACCACGGCUCCUACUCCGCUGUUUAUUCGGAGAACAAGCUACGCGUGGUCUCCUACAACAGCAUAUUCUACUACAAAGACAACUUCUUCAUGUACGAAGAACCAAUGGAGUACGACCCGAACGGACAGUUUGCUUGGCUCAUUAGCGAGCUGCAGUCUGCCGAGAACGCCAACCAGCGCGUAUGGCUAAUUGCACACAUCCCAUCCGGCAACGCAGACCAUUUUCGCGACUACUCCCAUUACUUCGAUGAGAUAGUGCAACGGUACGACUCUACAAUCGCAGCGCUAUUCUUCGGACACACGCACACCGACGCGUUCCAGAUCGCAUACUCGAACUACAGCAGCCGAAACUGGGACACGGCGAGCACAAUCGGUUACAUCGCACCCUCAAUGACUCCGACAUCAGGCUCGCCCUCUUUCCGCGUCUACGAGAUCGAUCCCGUCACAUUUGGGGUUAUGGAUUUCACACAGUACAUCGCGAACAUCAGCCACCCCUCGUAUCAAAUCACCCCCAAAUGGGAGCUCUACUACUCCGCCAAAAAGGCCUAUGGAUCCCAGCUAUCGCCGCCAGUCCAAGACCCCAGCGCCGAAAUGACGCCGGCCUUCUGGCACAAUGUCACCGUCGCUAUGGAGCAGGACGCUUCAGUUUUCCAAGCUUUCUGGGCUAGACGUACUCGCGGGAUUAACGUGGCCAGCUGUACCGGCAACUGCAUGACGGAUAAGAUCUGUGCGCUUCGUGGUGCAGAUGCGCAGUAUAAUUGUGCUGUGCCGACAGUGGGAUUUAGUUUUCGCAAGCGCGAUGUGAACGAGCGAGCCUUCGUUGCAGGAGACUUUCGUCUUGAGUGCAAUCAUGCUGGGAUGGGGCCGUUGCUGGCGAAGAUUGCGCAUCGGGCUGCUUUGGAGAAGGAGAAAGAGGUUGAACAUACCCGGGAAAAUGCGGCUUGA